AUGGUAGCAUUUCUUAGCAAAGCCACUAAGUGUGGAAGUGGCCAUCCACCAGCAGAUCUGAGAUUCAGAGGUGCAGUGUAUCUAAAACCCGCCAUUGGACCGAGUGAAGCUAUGGUUCAAAGAAACUCUAUGGACAAGCUUGACUUCCAGAACAUUGACCUGGUCUCUGAGAUCAACAAGCGUAGGAAAGCCAUGGCCACAAGAGAUGAAACCAUCACCAAGAAAAGUGGCGAGGGUGGGGAAAUGCUCCCUAGCAUGGGCAUGGACCAAGAGUCUCCCAGCAAAGCCCACCUCAUGGUGCCUCCUGCUCCCCCUCCUUCUCCAGCUGAUGCUGCAGACAUAAGCAAGUACAAAUUGAAUAGUUUAAUGGGCGUGGACAUAGGAGCCAACACACGAACUCAUUUGGGGUGUCUGGGUGGGCUUUUGAAGAUUGUCCCAGAAGUCUUGGACUUCCUUCCUGUGCUCUAG